GUUGUAUCCUACUCCCAACUACUUUCCCAGCUCUGUACGAUGGCGCACCCUGCACACAACGUCCCCAUAUUACUUUCAUUCCCCGACGCGGACGCUAUUGUCGAAAAUCUGGCCGCGUUCAUCCUGAAGGCACAGAAAGAAUCGAUCGACAAGAAAGGACGCUUCACUGUCGCCCUCUCUGGUGGAUCGUUGCCCAAGAUGCUGCGCGGUCUUAUCGGAAACCCAGCAGUCAAAUGGGACAACUGGCAGGUGUUUUACGCAGAUGAACGCGCUGUGCCCUUGGACCACCCGGAUUCGAACCAUUUCUCUUGCACCAAGCUCCUAUUUUCCCACGUUCCGUUGCCCGCGGAGAACAUCCACACCCUGGACACCACGCUCUUGGAUGACCUUCCCGAGCUGGCGGACACCUACGAGAAAACUCUGAUUCGUGAAUUCGCCCAGAAGGACGCUGCUCGCUUCCCCGUGUUUGACCUUAUCCUUCUCGGCAUGGGACCCGAUGGCCAUACUGCCUCCCUCUUCCCAUCCCACGCUCUGCUGACCGAGGAUGACCGGUGGAUCGCCUAUCUCGAAGACUCCCCUAAACCUCCCCCGGCACGAAUCACCUUCACGUACCCGGUGAUCAACCACGCCGCGCGUGUAGUCUUCGUUGCAGCCGGCAAGGAAAAGGUCGAGACGCUCAAGACUGUCCUGGACGAGCCCGAGAAAGGUCUCCCGUCGUCCCGCGUGCGGCCCGCGUAUCCCGGCCAAGUGUGGUGGUUUGUCGAUGACGCUGCGGCCAGGGAUGUAGUGUACCCUCGCUCCCAAUUCAAAUUGUAAAGCAGAAAUUGUAUGUAUCAUAUCUAGAAUUGCUGUGUUGACCUUAUCAACAACGGGCGCGCCCUGCCGAAGUCUGAGAGAUAAGAUCAAAUCUGCUACCGUGGCAUCUACCUGCACCCUCCACGCUCCCAGAUGCUGAACUAUCUUCUGCUGAUCUCGCGGCAGGGAAAGGUCCGUCUCGCAAAAUGGUUCACGACGACGGACAGCAAGACGAAAGCAAGGGUGGUGCAAGACUUGACGCAGCUGGUGCUGGCUCGCAAACAACGCAUGUCGAACGUGCUGGAGUAUAAAGACACGCGGAUCAUAUAUCGUCGUUACGCUUCGCUUUUCUUCGUCUGUGGUAUCGGGUCGUCAGACAAUGAAUUGAUUACUCUGGAACUGCUGCAUCGCUACGUGGAGGUACUGGACCGGUAUUUUGGCAACGUGACGGAGCUGGAUCUGAUUUUCAAUUUCGAGAAGGCCUACGCUGUCCUCGACGAAGUCAUCAUCGCGGGAGAGAUGUGUGAAUCAUCCAAGAAGACAGCCUUCACACUGGUUCAAGCAUCCUUUCAGAGCAGGAGGAGAAUCUUACCGGGGCGC